AUGGUGAACGCCAAAGAUGACGCAGAGGCGCCCGCGGCGAGGGAGGAGAUACCCCACGACCACCUGUUCAAGGUCACGGGUCUGUCGUCCAGCAAUCUAGAGAAGAUGGCGCAAGAGCUGGAAGCCGACUUCGAGAUGGCGAUAGCCGCGACCGGCUACGGCGGCUUCAACGUUGCGCUGAUGCUGUGCACGCUGCCGGCCUUCUGGAGCGCCGUCUCCGUGACCAGCUCGGUUUCCUACAUCUUCACGAGGGCACAGUGCGACAUGAGGCUCAGCCUGCUGGAUAUGGGCACGGUCAACGCCAUCACCUACGGCGGCAUGAUCUCAUCCGCCAUGGUGUGGGGUUUCCUAUCUGACACCCUAGGCAGGAGGCAGAUCCUCGCUUGGGGUUUCUUCGGCUCUGGUCUCCUAGAGAUGGCGGCGGCCAUGAGCCAGAACUUCACAAUGCUGCUCGUCACGAGGUUUGCCAGUGGCUUCCUAUUCAACGGACCUUUUGCGGUGCUGAUCUCCUACAUAGCGGAACUGCACCGCACGGAGCUACGCGCCAGGGUCAUCCUGCUCACCAGCCUCUUCUACACCAUCGCGAACACCACGCUACCACUCCUAGCUUGGGCGAUACUCACAAACGAUUGGGAGCUCCAUCUGUUCAGCGAUAAAUUCGUGAUCCACUCUUGGAAUCUGUUCCUGCUGGCAACCGCGCUGGUGCCCCUCCUCACGGGGCUGGCCUUCAUCUGCCUGCCGGAGAGCCCUAAAUUCCUCAUGUCCAGGGGCCGCAACGCUGAGGCGCUCGAGGUGUUCCGCAAAAUAUACUCCAUGAACACAGGCCAACCGAGGGAAAAUUAUCCCGUGACGAAGCUGGCAGAGGAGCGGUCGCAACAUCAGGGUCGAGGAGUCGAAGCGUUGAAGGGUGGAUGCGCCCAGCUGGCGCCACUCUUCAAGCCACCCCAUGGCGUCUGGCUGCUAUUGAUGUGUGCCCUUCACAUGGGCUGCAUGUUCGGGUCGAACACGCUGCGCCUGUGGUACCCUCAGCUGGCCGCCAUGAUCGGCUCCGACGUGAACGGCACCCUGUGCUCCGCCAUCGCUCCCGUCGAGGUCGUCCAGGGCGGCGCCUGCACGCCCAUCGAGACGGACAUGCUCACCUACCUCCAGAGCGCGGUAGUCGGCGCCGGCUCGGUGCUGACGUACAGCAUAGGCGGCGCUUUGGUCAAUAAAUGCGGGAAGAAACUCGUCGCCGGCUUCUGCGGCAUAGUGAGCGCCGUAAUUAUCGUGCUGAUGCCGUUCCUGGGCACGGGAGCCUUCGCGGUGGUGGCGAUGGUCACCAGCGCGCUCUCUUUCACAGCCCUCUGCGGCGCCUCGCUCUCCAGCAUCAACGUCGACUUGUUCCCUACGUCGCUGAGAGUAAUGGGAAUGGCGACUUUCCUGAUGAGCGGCAGACUGGGCACCAUAACCGGAACCGUCAUUUUUCCCGCGCUUGUGAACUACGGCUGCCUACCACCUUUCUUCACCAUAGCUGCUGUGUUAGCAGCUUGCGGCUUUGGAUGCUUCCUUGUUCCAAAUACUACGCUCAAGAAACUAGAG